UUCAUUAGUUGACUUACUUCUUAGAUCGCUAUUUGCUUAUCUCGAAAGAGAAAAUUAUUAAUAUACCGUACGGUUAAUAGUAAUAGAGUUUUAAAAACAAAAACAAGUGUGUUUGUGUUUAUUUUUGGAAAGACAAUUGCUGGCGUAUCGAAUUGAGAUCAUGGACAAUAUGUCUUUAUUUACCGGAUUAUUAUCAAAUGCUUUGGCCGCAGUCCAGGUGAACACCAACGUCCAAGAAUCUCCUGCCGCUGUUCCCCCGGAAGAAAGAGUCAUCACCAUCAAGGAAGUCUCCUGCCAUGAUGAGGCUAGUGAUUGUUGGAUAAUCAUAUACGACAGAGUAUAUGAUGUGACUGAUUUUUUGGAUGAGCAUCCGGGAGGUGCCGAUUUGCUUCUGGAAUUUGCUGGCAGGGAAGCGAGCAGUGCCUUCAGAGGGUCCGGCCACAGUUCCCAAGCCUUGAGAGCUCUUGACAGGUUUUGUGUAGGAGAAUUGCCAAUGCACGAACGCAUAUUCAGGAAACCUGGAGGAUAUAAGCUCAGCGACAUACCGGAAUGAAAAUGGUUCAACUUUUUCAGAUAUCAUGUUACAUUUGACAUUUAUUUAUUAUUUCAUUUGACAAGCUUUACUUUUCUUGAAAUAAGUAUUCGUAUGAUUCAGUAUUAUAAUGUUAUCGGGUAUUUCAAUUGAUUUUUGAUAUGUGUCAAUAUUACAAUAAAUUCUUAUAUUAGUGGUUA